GUGUGUUACGUUAAGUCACAUUGCAUUGAAACCGGCGCAUGCGCAGACGUCUGACAGUCGUUGACAAUAUGAAGUAUUUUAUGUUAGUUUUCGUUGUGUGUGGAGUCGUUUUCGGAAAUGAGGAAGAUUUUAAAAUAAUUGACGCAAUAGAGCAAGAAAAGCCGUGUAUGGAAAUGGGCGGCAUUUGCACGGUUGCAGCUGACUGCCCAAAGGGACACCUCGCUGAGAAACAGGGACUUUGUCCGAAUCAACGCAAACAAGGAAUCGACUGCUGCUAUGGACUAUCAAUGAAAGAGACUCGUUGCCUCAAACAUGGCGGAGUUUGUAUGAAACCGGAAGUGUAUUGUAAUCCAAGUAUUAUAUUUGAUGAAGCUACAGAUUGUGUUGAUAAUCAAAAGUGCUGUCUUAUGGUAUUGUAGCAUAUUUAUAUGCUUAUAUUAAAUAUAAUAAAAUGAAAAACUUUA